AUGGUCGAGGCGCGCUUGGUGGUGCUCAACGUGGCGGCGGCGCUGCUGCUGGCCACCGGCCGCUCCGUGCGGAGUGCGCAGCUCGCACCGCGUCCCGCAAGCCCAGUGCCCUGCGCUGCCAACGGCCUGUGCUACUGCCGCACCGACCACUUCACCUGUAGCUACGUGCCCUUCUACAGGUUUCCCGAGACAGGUACACAAUGCUGCCCCUGUCACCACUCACACGUAUGGGUGACCCACACACUCACUGACCGUGUGUUUAUAGAGGCUGAUGUGUGGCACAUAUCGGUUAUGGCGGCCCGGCUGGGCUCUCUCAGUGAAGCAGCACUGGACGGGCGACGUCUGCGCACGCUCGUACUCGUCGCCUCGAGCCUGCACCACAUCGAGACGGGAGCACUUGCGUCCAUGGUGUCGACGUUAGCCUCUCUGGAUCUAGGCUAUAAUAAAUUCACUGAAGUACCACUGUCUUCUCUUCGUGAAUUAAAAGUACUAAAUUGGCUGAACUUGCAAAACAAUUACAUAAACGUCCUAGAUGCGAGUAUGGACUGGGGUUUCCUAGGGGAGUCGCUGACUAGCUUGUCUUUGAGCAACAACCAUCUGUACUCCCUUAGCGCGGGUGCACUGUCGGCGCUUCGGCGACUCGCUCAGCUAGACUUGGAUGGCAACAGGUUGCACGGGUUAUCGAGUGGGGCACUGCCACCGACGCUUGCGAUCUUGCGUCUGUCCGAUAAUUUGCUCCAACAGCUACCGUGCGCUGCAUUAGCGAAGUUGCCACGUCUGCGUCACCUACACCUGCGCAACAACGUACUGCGACCAAUUAACAACCACACGUGCCGCACCGAAUACUCACGCAUUGACUCGCUUGAUUUGAGUCACAACGAGCUAGACGACUCAUUCUCUUUGGAGAAGACACAUUACCAACUGCGGCAGCUCGUCCUUGAUUUUAAUGACUUCACAUCCGUGCCGACGUUCGUCGCAGACAACGCUCACCUGGAGAAGUUGUCCAUUGCGUACAACAGUCUAAGCCACGUAUCAGACGCGACUCUGCACGCGUUACGACAUGAUCUCGAGCGCCUGGAACUGGAUCACAACGAGUUGGUGACACUGGCGCCGGGCGUGCGUGAGCUGGUCCGCCUUCGUCACCUAUCCGCUGCAUACAAUCGCCUUGCGGAAGCACCAGUAUUACCACCGCGGCUGCAUUCACUCUCUCUCGCCGGCAACUACUUGACAAACUUCCCAACGGGACUACAAUCACUGGCACCAGCUACACUAGUGUACCUCGAUCUCAGUUACAAUCAGCUCAUCUCUGUGAUUUCGACAACGUUCGGUGAAUGGUCGGCAGCACUGACGACACUUAAUCUCAAAGGUAAUCGUAUUUCGCAACUAUCAACUGAUGCUUUUCCUGCGACUUUACCUCUUCGCGAACUCACGAUGAGUUUCAAUGAAUUGUACCACGUGGAUGCGAGGGUGUUCUCCAACCUCCGAGCGCUCAGCGUUCUCGAGUUUUCAUCCGCGUUGUUUAGUGGUGAGUUCCCGCUCUCCACCCCUUUAGAGCCGCUCUCAUGGCUCACAUUAGACAACAACAAUAUUCACCACGUGUCAUCCAACGACAUAUUUAACUUUCCGUCGCUCGAAUACCUCAACUUGGACUUUAACAAAAUUGUGGAGUUUCCCACUGAAGUGUCUGAUAAGAAUCGCUCGAGUGGACUAAAAGAGCUACGACUGUCGUACAAUUACAUAGCUAAGAUAAACUUUGAAUUUCUGGUACAGUUGAGUGAGUUACAAAGUGUGGACUUGUCGUACAACCGCGUGAACAACCUGUCCGAGCAUAGUUUUGCAAGUUUACUUAAUGUAGUUUAUAUUAAUUUGGCCGGAAACGCCCUCGAUUAUAUUGGCGAACACGCCUUUUACGAUUUGCCCAAAUUGGAAGUUCUGGAUCUACAAGAAAAUUACUUGGUAGAAUUCUCCACCGAGUAUUUCAGAAAUGUGUCAAGUAAGGAUACAACACUAUCAGUGAAUGCGAGUUACAAUAGGGUGUCGACGCUCGUGGGUGGCGGCCAAUAUGUUCUCAUUAAUAUUUUAGAUCUGUCGUAUAACUUUUUGGGAAGCUUAUCUAGGGCUUUUUUCGAUUCUUUGGGAACGUCCCUACGACAACUUAUUCUAUCGAACAACAGGCUGACUCACAUAGAUAACUUGACAUUCAGUGCCCUUUCUUAUUUAGAGAUAUUAAGCUUGCGCAACAACAAUAUCAGCGCAAUGAAGCGACGCGCGUUUACAGAACUCGACGCGCUGCAGAUACUCGACCUAUCGCGUAAUAGACUGGAACAGCUGUCUGUGGAGCAGUUCCAUAACAUGCGCCGUUUGCGUCACCUGCGACUCGACGAGAACCUGCUGCGGUCGAUACCGCGUGACUGUUUCAAAAAUACUGUACUAGAGCACAUAGACUUAAGUUACAACCAACUGUACAUCUUUCCUAGCAGUUCACUGGCUCAGGUCGGUUUUACUUUGAGAUGCCUGGAGCUUUCGCAUAAUCAUAUAGAGUACCUGGAUACGGCUAUGUUCAACGCCAUAGCCUUCCUACAUGAACUGAACUUAGCGCAUAACGCACUCACCGUACUUUCUGAUAACUCGUUUGCGGGAUUGUCGCGUCUGCAGCGCCUCGACCUAUCAUACAACACUAUCAAGACCAACUUCAAGGAGCUGUUUCACAACGUGCCGCGCCUACGGAACCUGGCACUCGUAUCCGCUGGUCUCAGGGUAGUGCCUCACCUCCCGCUUACAAACCUCACUGAGCUCGAUCUGAGCGGAAACCACAUUGCUUCUUAUCGAGAGAAUGAGGUGCGGCGUCUUGGUAACGUACGCAAGCUUGUGCUGGCGAGGAACAAGUUCACGUCACUGCAACCGGCGAUGUGGGCGAUGCUACCCAAACUCACUUCGCUCGAUGUGUCAAACAACCCUAUAGUGCGCAUUUCUAGCAGCUCUUUCAAAGGCCUUCCUUAUUUGUUGCGGCUGCGAAUAGAUAAUCUGCAUCACCUAGAAGCAAUAGAACCUCGUGCAUUUCGGUCCCUAACGUCGCUACGUAUGAUCACGCUUGAAUCACCAGACUUCUCUGGUCGAAGCGAAGUAACAGUAGCUGACAUAGCAGCCUGCGUGUUGGGCUUGGAGUCCCUUGAGGUGCACAUCAGUGGGCACGUAUUGGACUUGCAGCUAAGGACAUUGCACGUGCCCAAACUCCGCGUAUUGGACAUACGGGGUGCAAACAUUAGAAGAGUGGCGGCGACUGCGUUCGCUGCUCUGGGGCGGCAGCGCGCAUUAUCACUGAGGUUCUGCGGCACGGGUGUCACCACCCUGCCGGCGGGACUACUACACCCGUUGGCGCGCGUCCCUCAUCUUGCGCUUGAUCUUAGCGAUAAUCAACUGGAUACUUUUGCGCCGAGCAUACUCUACCCCAACAUGACCGGUUGGAACCGGUUCGCAACCAAGCUUCUCCCGGGUGGUCUGGUUAUCUCAGGUAACCCGCUGCGGUGUGGGUGUGGUGUGCAGUGGAUAGGUGCGUGGUUGCGGCGGUGGUGCAUGGAGGUGGGCGGGGGCUCAGCUCAAGCGCGCAGUGCGGCGCUCCGGAGUACGUGUAAGGCGGGUGCGGCCGCGCUGCCGCUCCUAGGGCUGGACUCCGACGAGGCUCAAUGUCACGCAAGCGCCCUGUCCGGACGUGCCGCGCGCUGCAAACAGUCGCCUCCGGGGCCUCCCCCACUCUUGUGGCUCGUGUUAUUGUACGUGCUCAGCUAG